AUGGCACCCCCAUUAGAGCUCCAGCCCUACGAGAUCUCCAUCCCAGAUGCCGCAAUCGACAAGCUCAAGAGAAAGCUCUCCGAUGCCGAUUUCCCCGAUGAGCUCGACGCGCCCGACCAAUGGCCCUACGGCUCGCCCCUCGCCGACAUCCAGCGUCUAGCCAAACACUGGGAAACAAACUUCAACUGGCGAGAAGCCGAAUCCGCAAUCAAUAAGCUACCCAACUACCGCACCACCAUCACAGUGGACAACUUUGGCGCCCUCGACAUCCAUUUCGUGUACCAAAAGUCGUCUAAUCCGAAUGCCAUACCCCUCCUCUUCUGCCAUGGCUGGCCCGGCUCCUUCCUCGAAGUUAGUAAACUACUUCCACGCCUGGCAGCCGGCGAAAAGGAAGGAAAACCAGCGUUUCAUGUCGUCGCUCCCUCGCUGCCCAAUUUCGGUUUCAGCCAGAGCAUCCGCAAGCCUGGCUUCGCGCUAUCGCAGUAUGCCGAGACGUGCCAUCGACUGAUGCUCGAGCUGGGCUACUCUAAAUAUGUGACGCAGGGCGGUGACUGGGGCUUUUACAUCACAAGAUGCAUGGGUGUGCUGUACCCCGAUCACGUCGUAGCAAGCCAUAUCAACAUGGUGCGCGCACAUGCGCCGAAAUUUUCUUCGCAGCCAGUUCUCGCGCUCCAACAUGCUGUGACGCCGUACACGGCUGCCGAAGCAAACGGCCUGAAGCGCUCAGAGUGGUUUGUCAACGAUGGCCAGGCGUACCGUCAAUUGCAUGCUACGAAGCCCCAGACACUGUCCUAUGCUUUUGCGGACAGUCCCGUUGCCCUACUGGCAUGGAUCUACGAGAAGCUCGUCGACUGGACCGACGGCUACGAUUGGACAGACGACGAGAUAUUAAUCUGGGUAAGUAUAUACUGGUUUAGCUCCGCGGGGCCCAAUGCCCACAUCAGGAUCUACUACGAAGCACAACACCACCCCACUGAUAAGAUACCCGAUAGAGAGCGCGCGAGUCAGUGGGUUGCUCGCGUCAAGCUGGGUGUUGCGCAUUUCCCAAGGGAGAUUACUGUUGUUCCUAGGCUUUGGGCGAAGACGCUGGGACCGCUCGUGUAUGAGAGCGUCAACGAUAAAGGUGGCCACUUUGCUGCGCACGAAAGACCGGAUGUAAUCGUCGAUGAUCUGCAAAAGAUGUUUGGCAAAACCGGGCCGUGCUACGAAAUAGUCCCUGGCAUGGCCGGGUACUAG